ACACAGGAUUACAUUACAGUACUUGGUGAUUAGAUAAUUAACAAUUGUUAAGUGCUAGAUUUAUUCAAGUGGGACCCAGCUCCAUUUGAAGCCCUAAAGCGGCAUCAUCGUCUUCGUGUUCUCUCUGCUCAGAGGGAGAGAGAGAGAGAGAGAGAAUGGCGCAGAUUCCUAACUUGGACAAUGCCCCUCUCAAUCUAACAUAUUUAAGAGAUCAAUCUCAGAAGGAGCUCAUUACUAUUCUCAAGAACAAUCGAGGAAAAAAGUGUUUGGUUAUAGACCCGAAGCUUGGCGGGUCACUCUCUCUGAUCGUCCAGACCUCGCUUCUUAAGGAGCAUGGGGUUGAAUUGCGGUAUCUUAGUGCGGAACCAAUUCAGACUGAAUGCACCAAAGUGAUUUACCUUGUCCGAACUCAGCUUAAUUUGAUGAAGUUAAUUAGCUCGCAUGUUCAUAAUGAUAUUUCAAAGGGACUUCAAAGAGAGUACUUUGUUUAUUUUGUUCCUCGUCGCGCAGUUGCUUGUGAGAAGAUACUCGAGGAGGAAAAAGUUCAUCACUUGUUGACUGUAGGAGAGUAUCCAUUACACGUAGUUCCUUUGGACGAGGAUGUACUAUCGUUUGAACUUGACCUUGCCUAUAAAGAAUGCCUAGUAGAUGGUGAUACGAGCUCUCUGUGGCAUAUGGCAAAAGCCAUUCACAAGCUUGAGUUCUCUUUUGGAUUGAUACCCAAUGUGAGGGCCAAAGGCAAAGCAUCAGUACGUGUUGCUGACAUUUUGAAUCGCAUGCAGGCAGAAGAGCCUGUCAACUUAUCUGAUAUGGGUGUACCAGAGAUAAAUACACUUAUACUCAUCGACAGAGAGGUGGACAUGGUCACUCCUAUGUGUACCCAGUUGACAUAUGAAGGACUGUUGGAUGAGUUUCUUCGUGUCAGUAAUGGUGCUGUGGAGCUAGACUCAUCCAUCAUGAGCGAUAAGCAAGAGGGAAAAAAGAUUAAGGUUCCACUUAAUUCGAGUGACAAACUGUUCAAGGAGAUACGGGAUCUCAACUUUGAAGUUGUUGUUCAGGUUCUUCGGCAAAAAGCAACAUCCAUGAAGCAGGACUACACAGAGAUAUCAAGUACUACUCAAACAGUGUCUGAAUUGAAAGACUUUGUCAAAAAGCUCAAUUCUUUACCUGAAAUGACUAGGCAUAUAAGUCUCGCUCAGCAUUUGUCUACAUUUACAUCAAAACCAACAUUUCUGGCGCGACUUGAUAUGGAACACACUAUUGUGGAAGCUCAGAGCUAUGACAUUUGCUUUGAGUAUAUUGAAGAAAUGAUCCAUAAACAGGAGCCUCUUGUCAAUGUCCUACGUCUUCUCAUCUUAUUUUCCAUUACCAAUUCAGGUCUACCCAAAAAGAAUUUUGACUAUUUGAGGAGAGAGCUGCUUCACAGCUAUGGUUUUGAGCACAUGGCCACACUGAAUAAUCUUGAAAAAGCUGGGUUGUUUAGAAAACAGGAGUCAAAAAGCAACUGGUUGACGAUUAAACGUGCUCUGCAACUUGUAGUUGAUGAUACCGACACAGCCAACCCCAAUGAUAUUUCCUAUGUCUUUUCUGGAUAUGCACCUCUCAGUAUUCGCCUUGUGCAGCAUGCAGUUCGAUCUGGAUGGCGUCCUAUUGAAGAAAUAUUGAAGCUUUUGCCUGGACCACAUUCAGAUACAAAGAGAAGCGGAUUUGCAAGCAGUCCAUCAUUUGACAAUCUGCCAGGGGAUCAGUCCAAUGUGGAUAGAGUAGGUGACGGAAGGCGCUCAAUAGUACUAGUUGUUUUCAUUGGAGGGGUAACAUUUGCGGAGAUUUCUGCUCUCCGUUUUCUUAGUGCUCAGGAAGGGAUGGCAUACGACUUGAUCGUUGGCGCAACGAAAAUUGUCAGUGGCCAUACCUUGACUGAAACGUUCAUCGAGAAGUUGGGUGGCUGAAUUGUAAAUAUCGUUCUGUUCAUCGGAGAGUUUUGUGGCUUGCAUGACAUAAUAGUAGGUUAUUUGCUCUAAUAUUUAGUCUACUCUGGUUUUCUUUUGUGAUUAGCGAUCUGUCUUAUUUUAUAUUUUCCUACAUUACUUUUAUAUGGCUUCUGCAGAAGCAAAUGUUAUCGUUUUUGUUAUUUGAGGUGAUUUUUUGUUUCACGAACAUUUGAACUGUAAAUAUCCAUUUAUUCAUUCAUUUCAUUUGAGAAAGUGAACAAUCUGAGUGAUUC